AUGUGGAGAGAGGAUCAAGUCGUGUGGCCUCCAUACUGGACGCCAACGCCUCUCCCUGAUACACAGGAUGGCCUGCCCUUGGCCGCAACCCUCAACAAAGCCGAGAACAAUCCCCAGAAAGACAGUCCUCUAUUCCGUCUCUCCCCCGAGAUCCGAGUGCGCAUCUACGACUUGGCUCUACAGACUUUCUGCGAUCAAGACCGGGCCUUUGGGGACAGGGAUCUCUUCAAGAGACCCAGUCUGACCGGCCCCCGGCGCAUCUACACGGCGCUGUUGCGGACAUGCCGCGCUGUGUACGCGGAGACUUGGGCACUACCCCUCAUAAAUACCUCGUUGGUCAUCCACGAAGGCUCUGAGGAGGAUCGCCCCCCGAGCAGGCCGCACUCGGUCAUGUCCCCGAACAAACGGCUCUUCUAUCUACAGGCAUGGCAGCUUCUCUUGAUAGGGGGCGUGGACAUGACCUUCCAGCAGAUUAGACUCGAGAACGGGGGCAUAGAGGAGUGGCUACGCCGCCUUCACCACGCCAGGGGCCAUGCGCGGGAGAUCAUGCGCCGCGUAGCGAGUGAGAAGCACCCAGGCAGCCAAUUUGUCAAAGACUUUGUCGAGAACAGUCUCAUUGGCGUCAGAGUACGCGCUCUCACAGUGAGGGUGAACCGUCGCGACUGGUGGAACUGGACGAAUGACCCUUCGACCAAUUCGCCCGAGCGCGCCAGCCGAAAAAGAAUGAUUCGCGUGCUGCAGCCAAAGACGCCGCAUGACUUUGGACCGUAUCCCAAUGAUGACAGCGAGCCUCUUCUGGGUGAAGAUUGCACUCUAUCAUUUGUGUUGGAGACAUUUGGCCCCAAAGCGAAUGAAUUAGACUACACAGUCAACCAGGCCAAGGAAUGGGUUUUUGCUAUCCCUUCUCUCUCGCAGGAGGGACAGAAUAGACAUGUUUUAGGAUGGGAUGGUCAAGUUCGCGAUGAGAGUUGGGAACAAGCCGUCAACGAGCCUCGUAUUGCCUGGCUACGGAAGCCUGUCUAUAGUACAGUUAGGAACCGAAUCGAGGUAAGAUUUAUUCGAUUCAUACCGAAACUAGCGCAGGAUUAG